CGGGUGAAUGAACAGUAUGUCUGGUUGUGUGGGGAUAUGUGAUGUUUGGCGCGUCUGUAAGACAUCUGAUAUGAAGAAAUAUAUUUUUUGCUGUAAUAUAUGCAAUGAUUAUGCCGAUACUUAACACGAUUGAAUUAUUUUAUAUUGCGAAGCAAACCCCAUGCCCUUGGGUUUUACAUAUAUGAUUUGUAAGUGUUCCUUGGAGAGGUGGGUAUAAGUGAUGACUUACAGGAAAUUUAGCAACUGUGAAUGCGUUGUGCGGGUGUACAAGCUUCCUAAUUGCGCUUAUUGACUUGACGAUCUGGACAGUGACUAUUACUUUUUUUUGUGUUUCAACACGAAGUUAGUGAAACAAACGUUUGAUUGUGAAUUUGAAAUUUCUGUGUCUGCCCGGGCUGGUCUUGUUGUCCUUGUACACUGAUGGCCACUCUAGCGGUGUGUUUUAGAAUCAGUUGUGGCAUGUAAUCCUGGUUUUCAUUUUAAUUUUGGUUAUGCAUUACCCGUAUUUUAGACAGGAUGACAGUGAUAUUGAAAUGUAUUCAUGGCCAUGUAAGUUUAAUUGUGUUACGGAUGUGCCUAUGGUCAUCCCGUCGUGACGCAUUUGGGACUGAAAUGUAAAUUGCGAGUUGUGGUGUAAAGUUUGUGUGAUGACCGAUAGAUGGCGCGUGUGUAGCUAAAGCCCCAAAAUGGGAGUCAUUGACAUAAUGGCUGUACAGGUUGCUUAUGAAUAACACUACACGUUAAAGUCACUUAUACUAGUGGCGGGAUUCAUACUUUUAAUUUAUAGGUUCAGGGGGAAUGACAGAUUGAAAAUGGCUGAUUUGUUUAUCCAGAUAACUAAUUCCACUUGCCAUAAUUGUAUUGACUAAGCAGUAAAGUGACAUGGCUGAUUCUUGCGCCCAAAAGACUGGGACUGUCCGAAGAUGACUGGCUUCUUUAAAAUAAUUUUGGUAACAUAAAUUAAGACAUUUAAUAGACUACCAGACAAAGUGUGUGGAUAGGACAAGGAUAAACACUGGUUCCAAGCAGUCAAGUCAUUGAGGAAGGAAUUGAUUUCACAGCGAGGUUUAUUUGUGACUUACACUUCCAAAGAUGACAGUACCUCGGCGGCUUGAUUGCCAAGUGACAGGUGUCCCUUCUGCUUGGGUGUCCCACGUAGCAGUUGAUUGUUUGACACAGAUGACAGUUGAUCAGGUCCAUUGGUUCUGUCUCUUGAAUGACUGUGCCUCAAGCUUAAAACUAUGGGUGAAAUAGUGUUUAUGACAACAUCAAAAUGAAUGGUGAAAUUCCAAGUGUUCCAAUCACCACUUUGGCCGGCAUAUCAAGUCUUACAGACUUGUUGCCAGAGAUGCCACUUCCUUCACCAUUGCCACAGACAUUGAGUAACAAGUCGCUGCUCUUCCACCCCCGGGUUGCAGAGGAAGCUCAAAUUCUUCUGAGUGUGCGGGAUGAUGCCCUGGUGCCACAGUUGAUCCAGUCUCUUGUUCAGACGUCCGCUGAUCAUAUAGAACUUAAAGAUCAUUAUGCUGGCACAGAACCACCUGUGGACCAGCAGCAGAAUAUUCCAGAACUCUUGAAAGCCAUUCUGCAGAGAAAUCCUGGUGUAUUCAAGGGACCACUUGCCAAUUCCCCUCGGCAGCCUCAUUGGAACCAAGUGACGGGGUUCAACUCAAAUUACAACCAGACUUCUCCUGCAAGCUACGGCCAGGCAUCGCCUUCAUAUCCGAGCCCGUGCGGGUCGCGA